AGAAAAUAUAGAACAUUUAAAAAUAAAUUUUGAAGAAAUUAAUGGCGAAAAAAUUAUUUUUGAUUCUGAGAGUUGGUUACAAGUAUAAUUCAAUAAUAAAUAUUUUUGUAUAUAUGCAUAUACGAAAUGAAGCAUUUAAAUGAGUACAUUUAAAUAUACUUCCCACGGCAAAUUUAUAUAUAAAUUAAUCUAUAAAAAAUUGAUUACAAAUUUUCUUAUUCAUUAACAAACAGUAAAGAUUCUCCAAUAUUAAAUGCCUCACAUUGUAUAGAUAUUUAUAGUACCAUAAUUUUUUUAUUUUUUAUUCUGUAAAUAAUAUAAAAAAAUAUAUAUGAUAAUUGUAGUCAUUAAGUAUUAAAGAAUUAACAAAUGUUCACAAUCGAAUAUACUCAUUGAUGAAUAAAUUGGACCUAAAUAAUGAUCACAUCAAUCAAAAAACAAUACUAAAUGUUAUUGAUAAAGAAGAUAUAUGCGAAACAUUAGAGAAAUUAACGAAUAUAUACAACGAUAAAAAAAAAGAUCCAUCAAUGGAAACGCAACAUAAAUCGAUAAAAUUACAAGAAGAAAAAACACAAAUUCUAGAAACGCACAAUUUAAAGCUAAAAGAUUAUAAUUCUUCUAAGGUAUUACUUAAUCUACAAAAACAUCCCUUAAAUAAUAUGGAUAAAAAUGAAAUUAAAGAAAAAAAUAUCUUUCAUAAUAUUGCUUGGGAAAGAACUAUGUUCUUUGACCCAACUUCUCAUAAAAAGAAAUACAAAUAUAACUUAAAUCCAAGGUUGCAAGAUAAUAAUAAAAAAUAUGCAAAUAGAGAUACAACAUCGAUAUCUACCAAAUCAACAAAAAAAAAUACUGCAAGUUAAAAUAAUUUAUAUAGUAAUUAAUUUAUAGUUUUUAAUGUGCAAGUUUAUAUUGUUUGUAUAUUUUAGAUUGAUUGGCAAAGAAAAAACUUCAUUUAUCAAUGUAGUGUACAUCAUAAAAAAAGUAAUAUUUGUUGAAAAAAAGUAUGAAAACCAUAUUUAAAGAAUAUAUACAUUACUUUGAUUACCUCAACAAAAUAUAUGUAAUAGACCAUAUUGAUUACUAUAAUUUAAUUGUCGACAAAAGUAUAACAAGAGUGGUUAUAAAAACUUUUUGAA